AUGCAGCCUUCAUACUUCAUAUCAACAAAGUCCUGUGUGGUUCCACACGUGGUAGAUCCUCAGUCGAUUCCUUCUACAAACAAGAACAUGAAGAUAUACAUCGAUGAUAUUCUGUACAAGGAUUCUGCCUAUGAGGGGGGAUUUGACCUGGAGAUAAAGGAAUUCUGUUCUUUUUCCAGUAUAAAAACCUGCUUGGGAUUUAGAAACAGGCCCAAGACUUUGGUUUCAAAGAGAGGACAUUACAAGCUUAAGAAAGAGAGGUACGAGGAGCUUCUUGGUGUUCUGAAGCCGGACUACCAUGCAGAUUUCGACACGGGGAAGAUCUUUGUAGAGGGGAAUGAGCUAAUAGAGCCCAAGGAUGUAGGUGAGUUUGUAGAGCUUCUAAACGGGGGCCAUUUGCUUUUUGGAACAGAGUUCGUCAAUAAUCUUGUCAAUCAAGGGAUGAUGAUGAGGUUUGAUGGAUGUAAGAUUGACGUUUGCAGAAUAUUCGAUUGCAAGUGCUGCGGAGACCUAUCUCCUGGGUAUCUUGAAUAUCUCUGGAACAUCAAGGAGAUGAAUGCGUUCACAUAUCUUGCAAUACACAACUAUAAUGUCCUUGAUGAGAUCUUCAAGGCCAUAGGCCUCAAUAAAUUAAGUUGUGGCGAUGUGAAGGCGGGAGAUAGGGUUUAG